AUGUUUCGACGCCUGAGCAGCAGUCUUCCAAAAGACCCCGAAUUCCCUUUGGAUCUGAAGGGGCUUGGGUAUGUUGAUAAUUAGGUUGAUAUCAGUCAUCGCCGAUUCAUCAUUGCCAGUUGCCGUGCAAGAAAGCCCGAAGGGAAAAUCCUAGCCUUUAUUUAAGACACGGAUACUUACAAUCUUAUGAUACAGUUACUUUAUCAAUGACAAGGACGAGAUACGCCAGAUCGCCAAUCCGGAAAAGGAAUUCGAGUUCUUUAUCACCAAGAAUGAGCGGUACAAUGAGAGACACCGCGAGGCAAUGCACAUUUGUCUUCGACGCAUCAUCUUUGAACGUCUUUCCGCCCUAGGUCUCACUCAGCUUCGGCUUCCACGCACUGCUGGGCCAAAAGAAAAACAUAUCCCAAUCCUAGCCAGUAACGACCUCGAAGCACGAGAACGCAUCAUUCUUGUGUUGAAUGAAGCAAGUCAAGAUCUAGGUAUCUUUGCAUGGAGAGACACCCGAUCCGAGCGGGGCGGUCUUGCCGUCGGCAGUGCCAUCGACUUUGUCAAAGAAGUCAUGUGUCACGCCUCGAACCCUUGUCCCAAGGGCAAAGCCACGGCAGACAUCGUCAAGGACGAGCUCCAAGAAGUAGAAGAAGUUGUGCAGAGCGCUGAAACAGCUGCUCGCAUAGUCUAUCAGGACGUCAGCGACUCUCCGGGCAUCGUCAUCGCUAAUCCAGGCCAAUUGAUCUGGCAUCGGCGUGGGAAGCAAGCCAUGACGCUGACAAGCUGGUUUUCGUUACCUCGCAAGUCCGCUGUCCACGGACCAAUGCUCGUACAUGAAGUGCACAACCGCGUCCCGGGCCAUGAGGACUAUGCUGCGCAUCUGGGAAGUGUCUUUAAAGAUGUUGUCGAUCCUUUGAUCUUUGGCAGGCCGGAUGGUGGAAAACUUCCUGCAAUCGACAUUAUUGCUCUGACAGACGGCGCUCUAGAGCUUGUGAGAUUUCUCGAUGACCACUGGAGCCGCUACGAAUCGUUUAUCAGCGCUAUCGCUCUAGGCGGGCCAUUGCAUAACAGCAACACUAUCACCAACUCAGCAUUCAGGAAAUUUCUCUCCCGCAGAGCCCGAGCUUAUGUAAUAUCUCAUUUACCCGCAGGUACUCCAAUUGACGGGGCAUUUUACGGCUGCAACACGUAUUCGUCCGGCGAGGCAGAAAUCGCAGAGUGUGUCAUGGGUAAAUCAUAUCCGAUGAUGCUCGAUUUCUUUGACGAAGUCGCCAUGAACCCAGAAGGGUACGCUAAUCCAGAGGUUCUAAUUUUUGAGAAUGAGAAUGAAGAAUGAAGGACGAAGGAUAAAGGAUAAAGGAUGAAAUGAGUCUGACGCUCAGACUGUAGGUGGAGGUCAGGCGAAGGAACCCCGUCCGUGAUGGCAGCGUGUUGAGCGCUACCGCAUUUCUGUAUUUCGCCCCCAAAAUCGUUGCAUAGUGCCUUCAUGGCAUCAUACUUGCCCUUUCAUUGCAAAUCAGCAGCAAUUUUACUGAGAGCGUGUUCUCCAUUCCGUUCAAACAAAACUUUUGUUCUCACACAAUACUUUGCUGGAUCAUCCCUUGAGA